AUGACAAUUAAACAAUUUUAUAGAAAACCAGCAUUGUCAGAUGCCGUAUUGUCAGGUUUAAAGAAACGUUUGAAUGAAAAGUAUAAUCUGGCGAUCAAGUCGAUCUCCUCAGAGUAUUGUUUCAAUGUACAGUAUCCAGAUAGUCAUACACUGACUUCCGACGAGGUCAACACUCUGACUUGGUUGCUCUCAGAGACAUUCGAACCACACUACUACUCGGAGCAAUCGUUUUUAUAUACUGAGCAGCAACAACAAACUGCCGCUGGCAACUCAAUGACAACGUUGGUCGAAGUCGGUCCAAGAAUGAAUUUCACAACCACCUACUCCACCAAUGCAACAUCGAUCUGCCAGAGCUGCCGUUUGAAUAUAGUCGAUCGUAUCGAACGUAGUCGUCGCUACCUCGUGCAGUCGGAGCGUGUCUGGAGCGAUGCCGAACGCCAACAGUUUGUGGAGGAGGUACACGAUCGUAUGACAGAGUGUCUCUACGAGAAGCCAAUCUCCUCAUUCGAGACCGGUGUUGUUCCAAAGCAAGUUACAUACGUCCCAUUGAUGGAAGAGGGUCGUUCUGCGCUGGAGCGUAUCAACAAAGAGAUGGGACUUGCCUUUGACGAAGCCGAUCUCGCAUUAUAUACCGACCUCUUUAUGAAUCAUCUCAAGCGUAAUCCAUCGGAUGUAGAGUGUUUCGACAUUGGACAAUCAAACAGUGAGCACUCACGUCAUUGGUUCUUCAACGGAAAGUUGGUCAUCGAUGGACAACAAACACCAAAGACACUAUUUGAAAUUGUUAAAAACACAUUAAAAGUCAAUCCAAACAACUCUUUGAUUGCUUUCUGUGAUAAUUCCAGUGCCAUCAAUGGUUUCAAAACAAAAGUAUUGGUACCAAGUAAUCCAUCGGAAGCAUCAUCCUAUCAAUUGGGAGACCGUGAUCAACCAAUCAUUUUCACUGCAGAGACUCACAAUUUCCCAUCUGGAGUUGCUCCAUUCCCAGGUGCCGAAACUGGAACUGGUGGUCGUAUUAGAGAUACUCAUGCCACCGGUAGAGGAUCGCUUGUUGUUGCCGGUACAGUCGGUUACUGCGUCGGUAAUCUCAACAUUCCGGGUUACAAUUUGCCAUGGGAGGAUCAAUCCUUCCAAUAUCCAUUCAACUUGGCACACCCAUUAAAGAUUGAAAUCGACGCAUCCAACGGUGCCUCUGACUACGGUAACAAGUUUGGUGAGCCAGUCAUCACAGGUUUCACCAGAUCCUACGGACAACGUUUGCCAAACGGUGAACGUCGUGAGUGGAUCAAACCAAUUAUGUUCUCAGGUGGUAUCGGUUUCAUGGAUGCUCGUCACAACAAGAAGGAUCAACCAGAAGUUGGAAUGGUUGUAGUUAAAGCCGGUGGUCCAGCCUACCGUAUCGGUAUGGGUGGUGGUUCCGCCUCUUCCAUGGUCGGUGGUGACAACAAACAGGAACUCGAUUUCAGUGCUGUCCAAAGAGGUGAUGCCGAAAUGGGUCAAAAGUUGAAUCGUAUCAUUCGUGCUUGCGUUGAGAAUGAGAUGUUUGCCGGUCACAACCCAAUCGUUAGUGUUCACGACCAAGGUGCUGGUGGUGCCGGUAACGUACUCAAGGAGAUUGCCGAUCCACUCGGUGCUAAGAUCCACUUACAAAACUUCCAUGUCGGUGACCCAACUUUGUCGGCUAUGGAGAUCUGGGGUGCUGAAUACCAGGAGCAAGACGCCAUCUUGAUGCGCUCAGAGGAUCGUCCAUUGUUGGAGAAGAUCUCUGCUCGUGAACGUCUCCCAGUUGCAUUUGUUGGUGAUGUCACCGGAGAUGGUUAUGCCGUUCUCAUUGACGACCGUACCGGUGCAACUCCAGUCAAUCUUCCACUCGAAAAAGUUCUUCAAAAGAUGCCACCAAAGACUUUCUACAGUGACCGUAUCCAACCAACACUCAUGCCAAUUUCAUUGCCAAGUGAUUUAACAGUAAACUCUGCUUUGGAUCGUGUUCUUCGUUUGCUUUCCGUUGGAUCAAAGCGUUUCUUGACAAACAAAGUCGAUCGUGCUGUCACUGGUUUGGUCGCCCGUCAACAAUGUGUCGGUCCACUCCACACUCCACUCUCUGACGUCGCUAUUAUCUCCAGUGGAUACUUUGGUGUUACCGGUGCUGCCACUUCGAUUGGUGAGCAACCAAUCAAGGGAUUCAUCUCGCCAGCUGCCAUGGCUUAUCUCACUGUUGGUGAAGCGUUGACCAAUUUGAUGUGGGCAUCCAUUACCAGCCUUGGAGAUGUCAAAUGCUCUGGAAACUGGAUGUGGGCUGCCAAACUCAAGGGUGAGGGUGCCGCUCUCUACGAUGCUGCUCUUGCCAUGCAUGACACUAUGAUCGAGUUGGGUAUUGCUAUCGAUGGUGGAAAGGACAGUUUGUCAAUGGCCGCCAAGGCACCAAGUUCAUCGGGUGACGAGCUCGUCAAAGGACCAGGAACCUUGGUUGUUUCCACCUAUGUCACAUGUGAUGAUAUCACCAAGACCGUUACUCCAGAUCUCAAACUCACCUCACAACAAGACAGUGCCAUCGUUUACAUCGACCUCGGUGCCAACAAUAAUUUCUUGGGUGGAUCCGCUCUUGCCCAUGUUUACAGCCAAGUAGGUAAUGAUUCUCCACACUUGGAUACCAAGCUUUUGAAAUCUGCAUUUGAAACUGUCCAAUUGCUUGUCAAACAGAGAUUGUUAACUGCUGGUCACGAUCGUAGUGAUGGUGGUUUGAUUACCUCUUUGAUUGAAAUGUCACUCGGUGGUAAUCGUGGUAUGAAUGUCACCUUACCAACUAGCUUGCUCCCAGCCGGUUUCACUCAUGACGCACUCUUUAAGUUGUUGUUCUCUGAAGAGCUUGGUGCUGCCUUUGAGUGUCAUCGUACCAACUUGCCAGUUGUUAUGGAUAUCCUCAAGCAACACAACGUUCCAGCUUACGAAAUUGGUUACACUUGUGUCAACACUGCUGGAAAUGAUCGUUUCGUUGUUGUUGCUGCUGCCGAUGGUUCCGUUGUACUCGAUGCCGAACUUUCAGAUCUUUCUCAACGUUGGGAAGAGACUUCCUACCGUUUGGAACAAUUGCAAGCCAACGUUGCAUUUGUUGACUCUGAGAUGACCGAGUUGAAGAAGCGUGCCAUCGGUGGAGGACGUGGACCACAAUACCGUUUGAGUUUCACACCAUCGCCAACCAUUGAGUCGUCGUUGCUCUCUUCACCAAAUCCACGUGUUGCUAUCAUUCGUGAGGAAGGUUCCAAUGGUGAUCGUGAGAUGGCAGCUGCUUUCUUCACUGCUGGUUUCGAAGCAUGGGAUAUUGCCAUGUCGGAUCUCAUUGCUGGUACUGUUGUUUUAGAUGAGCGUUUCAAGGGUGUUGCAUUUGUUGGUGGAUUCUCCUAUGGUGAUGUACUCGACAGUGCCAAGGGUUGGGCCGGUUCCAUUCGUUUCAACACAUCUGUCUCCAAACAAUUCGAUGCAUUCUAUGGUCGUGCCGAUACUUUCUCACUUGGAUUGUGCAACGGUUGUCAAUUGAUGGCUUUACUCGGUUGGGUUCCAUAUCGUGGAAUCGAAGCUUCGCGUCAACCACGUUUCAUUCACAAUGCCUCUGGUCGUUUCGAAUCACGUUGGGUAACGGUUGCCAUUGAGAAAUCAAAUGCAAUCAUGUUGGCUGGAAUGGAAGGUUCGAUUCUUGGUUGUUGGUCACAACAUGGUGAAGGUCUUGCCUACUUCCCAGACGAGUCAAUUCUUGCUGAUGUCCAAGCAAACAACUUGGCACCGGUUAGAUACGUCGAUGACAAUGGUCAAAAGACCAAUGUAUAUCCAUACAAUCCAAACGGAUCCACUGAUGGUAUUGCAUCUCUAAUUUCACGUGAUGGUCGUCAUCUCGCAAUGAUGCCACAUCCAGAACGUAGUUUCCUCUCAUGGCAAUGGCCACACAUGCCUCAAAACAUUCAACAAGCUGUCGGUGGACUCUCUCAACCAUCACCAUGGCUCAAGAUGUUCCAAAAUGCUCGUUUAUUCUGUGAAUCCAACAAAUCAUAA